UAAUGUAUUCAUGGACAUCAAUCAUUUAUGUCAAAGUUCUUCAUGGGAUGUAUAUGUCUGGACAUAACCAUAUUGCAGAAAAUGGAGAGUGAAGGAGCUGGUGAGCACUUUGUAGAACAAGCUGAUGGUAGUAGCCAUGUUGUGUGGACUUCUGCAAUAUCCGCUUACAUGCUCAGUAACCUAGCAAGCCUUGUGGCUGAAGGGAUCAGGACAUCAACAGGCUUCAAGAAAGUUCACCUUAACAUGUGUGCUAAGGCUCUAAAUGACUAUUUCAAGAUGAAGCUCACUGAAGAACAAGUGAAGAACCAUUUGAGGACAUGGAAGAGAAGAUAUGCGAAGAUAAACAGACUUAGGAAGUUAAGUGCUGCUUCUUGGAACGAAGAUAACUACAUGAUCACUCUUGAUCAUGAACAUUAUGCAAACUAUGUGCAGGAUCACAAAUCUGAUGCUGAGUUUUUAAACAAGCCUUUGGAGAACUAUAAGGAAAUGUUCACUGUCUUUGGAAAAAAUAUGGCUACAGGAAAGUAUGCAAAAGGAUCAAGUGAAGCUCUAGGUACUGAAGAUAGAAACAGUAUGGCUGAAACAGAGAUUGAUGAGGGAGAUGUUAAUGUUGUUCCUAGUCCUAUAGAUGAUAUUGGGGCUUCAUCCUCAGCUCCUAGACCUAGGAAGAAGGCAAAGGUUACUAGUAAUGAAGAGGCAGGGCUGAUUGGAGCAUUCAAAGAUGGUGCUGAAAGGCUUGCAAUGGCUAUUGAGAAGGCUGGUUCAGAUGACCUACCACCUGACUUGCUUCAAACAUUGCAAAGUAUUCCAGGUUUUGAUGAUACACACAAGGCCUUUUACUUUGCAUAUCUAGUGAAAAAUCCUCGAUUAGCAAGGCAGUUCCCUACUCUCCCAUUGACAUAUCAGAUAAGUUUGCUUGCUCGGUUCGUUAGUGAGACCUUUCCUUAGAUUAUGAGGACCGGGAAUUAGGACUAUGCUGGAGGUUAAGUGGAAAUUAGAACUAUGUUGUUCUUUUGUUAUGUAAACCAUGACCAAUACUUUGUUUUCAAGUACUGGGAUUGAAAUAAUGGCUUUGCUAUGUCGAAAUACUCGGUUUGUUAUGAAAUACUGGGUUUGUUAUGACCAACAUGGAUGCUCGGUUUGUUUGUUUUGAAAUACUGGGUUUGAGAUUCAUUGUAAUGGUGUAUGCUCAGUUUGUUUGUUUUGAAGUACUGUUUGAAAUAUUGUUU